UCUGAUAUCAUAAAGGGCAUAACAACGCGAUAUAAAAAUUUGAGGGAUUAGCUAUAACAGUUUCUUUCUUAUGCCUACGGUUUACUUAUUGGAAGGGUAAUGAUAUGACAUUGUGCGAGCAGGCAAGAACAAAAAAUGGAGUAUGCACAAGAACAUAAGAUUGGGUGGUAUGAGUGCCUCUGAUGAACUUGGGGAAGAAACCCCUCCUCAUGAUCAAGAUUUUCCAUUCGUAAGAUUAGAAGAAAUUGUCCUUGCAACCCACAAUUUCUCCAAAGAAUCUAAGAUUGGACAAGGAGGAUUUGGCAAAGUCUACAAGGGACUAUUGGGUGGUCAAGAAGUCGCAGUCAAAUGGCUAAGUAGAGAUUCUCAACAAGGAACAAAAGAAUUCAAGAACGAAAUAAUUCUAAUUGCAAAAUUGCAACAUAGAAAUUUGGUUCGACUUCUUGGGUGUUGUGGUGAAGGAGAUGAAAAGCUCUUGAUAUAUGAGUAUCUGCCUAACAAGAGCUUAGAUGCUACCCUAUUUGAUGACUCAAGAAAAUUGUUAUUGGAUUGGACAACACGGUUUAAUAUAAUCAAAGGCGUUGCAAGGGGGCUUCUAUAUCUUCACGAAGACUCAAGGUUCACCAUAAUUCAUAGGGAUCUAAAAGCUGGAAAUAUUUUGUUGGAUGCAUAUAUGAAACCCAAGAUAGCGGAUUUUGGUAUGGCGAGGAUCUUUGGUGAUAACCAGCAAAAUGAAAAUACUCAACGCGUAGUUGGAACAUACAUUGGCUACAUGGCUCCUGAGUAUGCAAUGGAAGGUGUCUUCUCUACCAAAUCUGAUGUCUACAGCUUCGGCGUAUUACUAUUGGAGGUUGUAACUGGUAUAAGGAGAAAUUCCAAUUGUGAAACUAUGGGAUUUUCCAGCCUCGCUCUUCAUUCAUGGAAUAAGUGGAACGAAGAAAAGACUGAGGAACUGCCAGACUCGUCUAUCAUAGAUACUUCACCAGACGAAGUUCUGCUUUGCGUCCAUGUAGCACUCUUGUGUGUGCAGGAUAACCCAGAUGACAGGCCACUCAUGUCAUCUGUUGUGUUCGUCCUAGAGAAUGGAAGCAACACACUUACAUCCCCCAAUCGCCCCGCCUACUUUUCGCGACGAAGUACUGAAGUGGAUCAAAUAAGACAAGAUAUUCAAACUUCCGUCAAUAGUUUUACUCUUACUGAGAUAGAGGGACGAUGUACCUAA